AUGUAUCAAGGCGUCCAACCUGGAAAGAGAGCACUCAUUCCACUUCUCGUAUGGCUAUCCAAACGUCCGGAGAGCUUGCUUGAAAUGUUCCAUGGUCUCUUGCGUCAUUUUGCAAAUACAGGAAUGCGUCCAGAAGUAGCAGACUUCCUAACUCUGAGAGGUGCUGCAGAAUACAAUCUACUACGGGAGCACAGAGUUCAGCAGAUGGAAAACAAUGGUGAAAAUGUUGAUUGUUGUUGGGAGUUUGUACCAGGAUACUUGCGAGAUCGACCUCUAUGGUACAAUCAUACCAGACUUCAUCUUCUCAAUGAGCUUGCAAUCGCAAAGGGUAUAGAUCCACCAUUUCCGCACAUCAAAGCCAUGGCACCAAACACCGGCGAAGUCUUCUUGUCGAAGUACUUCAGCGAACAAAAGGAAAGGAACAAACUUGGAAAAACGAUGGAUGGACUUUGCACUUGCAACGAAUGCGAAUUGUGCGCAAUCCAAUUUGAUACAGCAGCUGCAAGUCCAAUUGUUAAUGCACCUGGGAAUGGAAACGUUACAAGCGUAGAAGAACUGUCUAAAGUAGGAGCACCCACAGCAGUAUCGCCAAUUCGUUGUGUCCCGCACGCACCACAGCCCCCUUCUGGAAGAUUGUUGAUGCUUCCGAAUGGCAAUGCUCCCAGAAACGUUCCUUCAACACUUCCAAAUUUUGUGUACCCAUCAUCAUCGAAUCUGCCAAUUUUUUCCAUGAAUCCUCCUUAUGUUGGAGCUGGAGGAGGCUACCAUCCAAUGGUUCGAUUUCUUCCAUUUCAGGCGACCAAUACAAUGCUUCCGUUUCACUUCCUUCACUUCCUUCAACCAAACUUGAAUCAAAACUUUUGCUGUCGACCAUGUGCUCAAUAUAUGUUUUACCAGAUGAACAAUGGUGGAAAGAAAAAACCUGGACCCGUUCCACAUGACAAAUAUUGCCCACUAAAGAAGAAAUAA